AUGGUCACAGCCCAGAGCUCUCCCUCAAUGCUAUCGGACCCAAACUUCUACAUCCGAACCUCUCGUCUGAUUCUCCUACCCACUCCCUUGGCCAUAAAAUGCCUCGCUUACAGGGAACUAUACUCUUCCCUUCAUCGAAACCCUGAAUUUACAUCGAUGGCUUUUGGGGCAUCUUGGGGAAUCAAGGAUUGGGAUGUCGAUUCCAUCGUUUUCAUCAUCUCACGCGAAGUACAGAAUUCAUGGUGGAAGAGAGGGAUGGGAGAUUUUGCUAUUGGGUUACGCGAUGACAUGUCGGACUUACCAAAGACGAAAGAGACUGGCGAAGGUUUAUGGCAGGAGGUGGAAGUUGAUGAUGUGGAGGCUUUUGAUCAUGUUUAUUGGAUAGGUUAUGUGGGUCUUAGAGAUGCGACGACGACGUCUAUGCCCAACGAGGAAACUUCUGUUCCUAGCGAGCGGGAUUGGAAAGAGAUGAUUGAAUUGAGAUAUGGAUUCCAUCCUGAUUUUUGGGGCAAGGGAUAUGGAACUGAAGCUGCGCGGGCGGUGAUGAGAUGGGGAGAGACUAGCAGGGGAGCCGAGCGGUUCAUUGCAGAAACCGAGAAAGCGAAUGUUGGCAGUGGAAAGGUACUGAGCAAGCUAGGAUUUUCGGGUGUGGGAGACGAGAUUAUCUGGGGUAUGGAGGGGACCAAGGAAUGGAAGAGAUGGGCUGGAAAGUAA